GUCAAGGCAUAGAUACUAAGCAGAGUCUAUUCCCCAUCUGAACCUCCUAUACACCCAACAUCAUCCACAGUCACAACAUAUCAAACUCUACCUCCCUCUACCACAUCCACCUCCCCAACACCCACACAUCUCCAGACAGACAACAACAAUGCCCCGCAAAUGCCCCACGUGCGCCAACCCCGGCGCAAUCACAACGACCUGCGCGAACUGCCAAGGAUCCGGCGGAUGGUGGAAAUCGACACGCACGGUCUGCGAUCGAUGCGGGGGCACGACGGUCGUGAACACGGGGACAUUCUUCGCUCGAAGAGUAACAUGUCCGAGUUGCAGGGGUGCGGGCAGCUGGGUGAAGAAUCUGUGGCAUAAGUGUGGGAGAUGUAAGGGGAGUGGACGGGCUUUGGCGCCUUGUCCGAGUGCUUGUAGGAGGGGGAAGGGGGUUUAUAAUAAUUGGUAGUUGAUAAAUAUUAUUAUUUUUUGUUGGUGGAAGAAGGGGUUGAGU